CAUCGCACAGUACUCCGUAGCGUACCAUCGGGAUGGCAUCAGUGGUCGAACCGGUGCUACUCUAACACAUCAUAUAAAUACUUUGGGCUCAGGGAGCCAUCAUCACUACAACUGAAAACAUUCGUCAGGUUGAAACUUGGAAAGUUAUAACUUUGGACUACACCUGUUGGAUUCUCAUUUCUUUUAAAUCGACGUUUUUCCAUCCGUGGUUUAUCAAGCGGAAUAUCACAGACACUGAACUUAAAUAUUUUUUUGUUGAUGGUGCAAUUUACUACAGCAAGUCAGUAUGGGAAUUAUCGGGCAGAGUGCAAGGGUGGUCAUUCUGUGUAUGACCGUGGGAAUCACAUUAAUGAGUGAUAACUCAGUGGUAGGCGUUGAUAUAUUGAUGCCCAAUCUUCAUCCAAAACACGAACAUUUAUUCUCAAAACUCGAUGAUUAUCACUUAGUCCGACCGUAUCGGUCGACGCCGGAAGGAGAUUUUAUAAGUCAUGAUCUUUCAACUGAAGCCGAAGAAGACGAACUUGAAUAUAAACGAAUAAAAAGAGAAGAUGAACUUCGUCGGCGGCGACGAAGACGACGCGACGUCGACGGCGUGGACGAGGCCAACGUCAAUGACGCUGGUAUUGACGUCGAUUCACAGUUUCAUUUUGCAGUCGACGCUUUCGGUGCCCAUAUGAUUUUGAACGUGACAAGGGAUACACGGUUAGUUGCACCUCGCUUUAAAGUCGAACGAUACUUGGACGAUGGAUCGAUCGAAUCGUUCACACCGAGGACCAACUGUUUCUACAAGGGCGCAGUUUCACAGUACCACGAAUCUCGUGUUGCUAUUAGCAACUGCCAGGGCUUGAGUGGGUGGAUCCAAGCAGAUGACGAUGAAUACAUUAUAGAGCCACUGGAAGCUGAGGACCAAUCAGCGUACAACUUGACCGAUGGACAUCUCCACGUCAUGUAUAGGAGGCGGGACUUCAGGUCAGACACGGUCGGAUUGGGUACUGCUAAUGGAGCAUCAUUUAGUACCAAUCUCGUCAACGACACCACCGCCGACCUCCCACUCUUCGACGAGGAAGACGAUGUCGAUCAAGACAACGACCCAUCGGGUCAUCGAGCGAAGCGACGAGCUGGUCGGUACGCGGCAGGGAGACAGAACUACGUCGAGACAAUGAUCACUGUGGACGCUGCUAUGCAUUCGUUUCAUGGAGAGUCAGCAGUCAACAUCUACGUCAUUACCAUGAUUCAUAUCGUAAACACAGCUUAUGAUCACCCUUCAUUGGAAGCUAACAUUCAAUUUGUCGUUGUUAGGAUUGUACUACUGAACAGACAGCAGUCGAAAUACAUGGUAGUAGAGAACAAUGCUCCGGCCAGUUUGACCAAUGUCUGUCGAUGGGCAGCUACCCAGACCACACGUGAUGACUCGGCCCCGGAGCACCACGACCAUGCCAUCUUUAUUACCAAAGAAAACUUCGGACCAGCCGGUUACGCUCCUGUUACUGGUAUGUGCGCUAUCACAAGAAGCUGCUCUCUAAACAAAGAUGAAGGUCUCUUAUCAUCAUUUGUGAUCGCUCAUGAGUCGGGUCACGUUUUUGGCAUGGAGCACGACGGCCAAGGAAACACGUGUGAAGAUGAUGCGUCUCGAGGUUCCAUCAUGGCGCCCGUCGUCAUAUCGACUUACAUUCACUACUUCUGGUCGAAGUGUAGUCGUAUCGAGCUCAACCGAUACCUAUCUCGGUACUAUUGCUUGUGGGAUGAUCCUUUCGAUAGCGGAUAUCCAGAGGUCCGGCAGUAUCCGGGACGGCGCUAUACAAUGGAUGAACAAUGUCGGUUUGAUUUCGGUCACGGCUACCGCACGUGUACCGCGUUCAAUGAUUACGACAAAUGCGACCAACUGUGGUGUAUGCACUACCGCAAAAGAUAUGUAUGUCGGACUAAGAAAGGUCCGCCGUUAGACGGCACUGAAUGUGGGCCGGGAAUGUGGUGUGUUCAAGGAACUUGUAGGUAUUCACAGAAUCAGAUCGAUGGUCAUUGGAGCGCGUGGACUGGAUGGUCAGAAUGUUCUUAUUCGUGUGGUACAGGUACUAAGUACAGGACAAGACAAUGUGAUAACCCAAGACCCCAAUACGGAGGACGGGAGUGCUCAGGUAAAGGCGAGGAUGUUAGACUUUGCAAUACUCAGGAGUGUCCAAAUGGACCCAUUGACAAACGGGCAGAGCAGUGUACUAACUUCUUCAGCAAUUGGAACUUUAUGAAUCAGAGACAUACUUGGCUGCCGUAUGAAAACAGAAAUAGAACGUUACGUUGUCGGUUAACAUGUGUGUCACAGGAAACGGGAGAGGUAGCAAUGUCUGAUUAUAACGUAACUGAUGGUACACCAGCUUCAUAUGAUAACCCUGAAGAAAUCUGUGUUAGAGGAAGAAAAAUCCCAGUAGGUUGUAACAAUGAGAUCUCAUCUAAGCUUCAGUGGGAUCGAUGUGGAGUAUGCGGAGGUGACGGAUCGUCAUGUAAGCGAGCAACAGUCGAUAUCAGUGAUGAUGCGUCCACUAACAAAAGAUAUAAAAAGGUUUUUACAUUCUCCCCAGCUUUACGGAAAGUUGAUGUCAAGAAAACAGUGCCUUCAACCCACUUUCUGGCAUUAAAAAGUGCCGAGACGGGAAAAUAUAUUUUGAAUCCGGGGAGGAGACGCUCUGAACCUCAUGACUUUAUCGUUGAUGGUGCAAGAUUUACAUAUGACGUCAGAGCAGGAAGUGAGAGGCUCGUUAGUAAAGGACCAUUAGGGAAAGAGCUUCAUUUGAUGGUGUAUAUCACGCGAGAUACCCAUACACUGAAUUAUACCGCAUCAUUUUAUGAACCAUUACCAGCGACGACCUCAGUGCCGCCAACAACGGUGCCUAUGACGACACCGCCGGUGAAUAAUCAUAUAGCUCACAUGGUUACAGACGACGUGCUUCCGUAUGAAUGGAGGGAGCUGGGAUGGACAAAGUGUAAUCGGAAAUGUGGAGGAGGUUACUCUUUCUUCAGGCAUCAAUGUUUUGUUACGGGAACGGAUGAAACAGUCAAGAAGGAUAAAUGUGGCAUGGGAAGUUACAAUCCCAAGGGGAAGCGCAAGCGAUGUAACACCCACGAGUGCGGUACGAUACCAGGCGCCGAGACAAACGUUGAUUCCUCAACACAACGGGAGACAACCACACAUAGAGAAACAACAACGGUUGUAACCACGACAGCAACAACAACUACCACACAUCCACCUACAACUACAAUGACAACAACGACAGCACCCCCCACUACAACCCAACCCACUACCACUCCAGCAACUACCACGGAACCUACGACAACUCGCCCUACAACGACAUUGCCACCAACAACUACUGCAGUGCCAAUAAGCUAUUCUUGGAAGAUUCGAGAUUGGGGCAACUGUAGCGAAUCUUGCGGUACCAACGGUUUUAAAAGGCGAGCCAUCCACUGCAUUCAAAGUAUAGCUGGCGUAAGGAGUAAAGUAGACCCUUCACUCUGUCCAACCCCACAACCAGUGGACUAUGAGGAAUGCAAUCGACAGCCUUGCCCAGCUAGAUGGAUCACUGGGGCGUGGUCAGAGUGCUCAGCAAGCUGCGGUACUGGUAGCAAGACACGCAAUGUAACCUGCGAAUCGCUAGAUGGUGAAGGAAUGCCGGGAUCAUAUCAUUGUUUUGAUGAAAGACCACCAACAUCAAAAUCUUGCUCAGUGCAAGAAUGUGAUCCUGGGAACUGUAUUCCGAUGGACUCUGUGAUCUGCAAGCGGAAGAACUACCGUACGUACUGCAAGAUGCCCCGAUAUGAAGAACUUUGUUGUACGACAUGUAGUGCACAGAAGAAAUUAUUCCAACAGCAACGAGCACGGAAUGCACGUCGACCACGGAACUAAACUUUCACUGUCAGUUCAAGCCAUGGUAGCAAUUUCUUUCACAAGGGAACUUGGGAUAUAGCUGAAUUGGAGAGAUUAUAGAAAUCAUUUGAACUUGGGAGAGGAAUUAUGUGUACUCUUCCGAACAAGGGAAGUUCGCUUCCAACUUUACACAGGUUUUCUUUUGAUACCUUGUUUCAGACAUCUUUUGAUGGGAAUUUCUUAAUUUUUUGGAUGAUGGGGAUUGGACUGCCCCUCUCGUAGACUUCCAGAUAAACAAGUUUGUUCCUCCCCUGCAUACACACCAUGGGAUGA